AUGAGUUUAGUGGGAUUCUUGAUUACAUUUGAUAAGGAUUAUUUCUCUAGAAUGAGUUUUCUGAGUAUUAGACCAAAUGUGUGGACCUCUAGCACCAAAGCUUGUACCAAAGAGAUUCUGAUGAUCAUGUGUAUGUAUAGAGAGAUCUUACAAUUUAAUAAGACGAGAAGACAUCAUCUGGAAAUUAGACUUGCUGCUCAAACUAAACGUUAG